AUGCAAUCCGGCCUAAUGAAUUCAACGGAACCUUUUCCAAGAACAUCCCUUUGGGUGGCACUUCAAUACCUGUUCCUUGGUUCAGCUGAUCUGUUCAGCCUGGCUGGCAUGAUGGAUUUCUUCUUUACAGAGGCCCCAUUUAGCAUGAGAUCAUUAGCAACAUCUCUCUUGUGGGCUUCGUUAGCCAUGGGAUAUUAUCUCAGUUCAGUGCUCGUAGCUACAGUCAACAAUAUAACAGGGACCUUUAGUCGAUCACAAUGGCUCUACGGCAGUAAUUUGAACUAUUAUCAUCUAGAAAGAUUUUACUGGUUAAUGUGCAUACUAAGUGGAUUGAACUUCUUGCAUUAUCACUUGUGGGCGCGACACUACAAGUGUGCUUUGUCAACAACGGAUGAUCAGAAGGAAAUUCAAGCACUGUAUCCACCGUUAGUGGGAUUCAAUGCACAAAUUUAG